GAAAACGAGAAUAGGCCCCUUUGAAUGCUGUGCAGUGCACAUUGAUGGCAGAGUUCUGGAGUUUCGUAGAUGAUAAUUUAAGACGUCCUUUUGUUCAAGAGCAUAAACAGGUUCAAAAUGCCUAAAUAUUUUUGUGACUAUUGUGAUACAUACCUUACACACGAUUCACCAUCAGUGAGAAAAACACACAACAGUGGAAGAAAGCACAAGGAUAAUGUAAAAUUUUAUUACACAAAAUGGAUGGAAGAGCAAGCCCAGCAGCUGAUUGAUCAAACAAUCAAACAAGCUGAAAAGACAAAGCAAACAACAACCACACCCAAUUUGCCAGGAAUUGCACUGCCUCCUGGCAUGACACUACCUCCUGGAAUUCCCAUGCCACCACCAGGGAUGAUUACUGGUAUGAUGAUGCCACCAGGUAUGCCAAUGCCAGGGCCUCCAGGCUCAAUGCCACCACCACCGGUUGCUGCAGGAGGACCUCCUAGACCAGGAAUGCCAGGACCCCCAGUUGGCACACCUUCAAACAAUGCUCAGCCAAUGCCAAAUGGACAGCCAAGACCAAAUAUGGAUAUGCCAGAUGGACCACCUGGUAUGGAUGGACCCCUUGGUGCUGGAGGGAGAAUGCCUCCAAAUAUGGGGAGAGACAGAAAUGGACCAGGAAUGCAUAGGGACAGGCAAGGGAUGGGCAGAGGAAGAGAAGGACCGCCAGUCAACCCAGAGAGAAUGGAAAUGAUAAACAGGGAUGGGGAUCGAAAUAGAGGCCCACCUGGACGAGGAAUGGAUAGAGGAAGAGGCGGCGGGCCUAUGAGAGGUGGCAGACCAAUGAUGGGUAGAGGAGGUCCCCCAAAUAUGGGUAUGGAUGGCCCACCAAUGGAUCAAGAUGGGAGGCAAAUGAGGAGGGAUAGUAGACCAUCACCAUAUGGGAGACCUGGAGGUCCACCAGGAGGUCCACCAGGGGGUCCACCAGUGGGUCCACCAGUGGGUCCACCAGGGGGUCCACCUGGGGGUCCACCUGGAGAUGGACCACGAAACAUGAGAGGUAGAGGAGACUCAAUGGAAGAAGAUCAAAUGGACAAUUCAUUUCCACCUCCAAUGAGGGGCGGGAGAGGUCGUCCUGGCUUUAGGAGAUAGAUAUAAGCUGUCUCACUAUUUCUAGGUAGGGCAUAUUAGUUGUAUUUGUAUAUUGUAUAUUUUGUUUUUAUUAAAUCUCCUGUUCUAGAUGUUA